AUGGCAAGCAGCGUCGACAGGUGCCUUCAGCCCAACUUCCUAACUCUCCCAGGCUGCUCGACCCUUGCACCAACGUCCGCCUGGCAGAAACGUGGAAUGCAACAGUUGGGCCUUGAGAUGGACAUUCGAAAGUGGCUUGCUGAGACUCGGGAUCCAGUCUCGUCUCAGCAACCGGGACUCGAACGCUUCCUUCUGCCAAGACAGCCUGACGCUGUUCCCGAUGCGAGGCGAAGACGAAAGCGCGGCUCAUCGGACAGUUCAUUGCUCAAAGAUCCUUCCCCACAGCCUGGGUGCAAGGGCGUCUCAGCGAACAAGCGAGACCGCUACGGUGUCCCAAAUGUGGCCGACGAGGGCCACAAUGAUAGAUCUCACUCUGGUUCUAGUAUAUCCACAGCCAGUAGUGCUGUGAGCCAACGCUAUGCACGGAAACCUCGUCGCAAAGCCCGAGCAGAUAAAUACGCUACCGGUUCGAAAAGGGCUAACGAGCAGGAUGAGGGCCAGCGACCGGGUCGAAAGAGCGAGUCAAGGAAGUCGAAGCGCAAGAAGAACGAGAAGACCCAAAAUGGCAUCGGAAAGGAGUUGCAAGCUAGAAACGUCUCCAGUGAUCGGUCGACUCUCAAGCCAUCCGAGAAAAUUGGGCUCUUCAGCAAGGGUCGAACCUCUACCUCGGUCAAGGGUCGUGGUUUACCGGAUCUUGUCUUCUCUGAGAUGAAGUUCCUGCGAAACAAUCAUAGCGGGAACAACCAUACCAUGCAAGCCCCGGAGGCUAAGAAGAAGCGAAAGAAGGAUCACGCACGAGCCAAAGAAGAAGACAUCUCUGCAUUCUUCACGACUGUGCGACCAGUGCUGGCGAAUACAGAUGGGAACAUCCAGGCAAAGAGCGGGCGUCCACCAGAUGCCUCCGCUAGGGCAAAGGCAUAUCGCCCGAGACGAAUACGGGAUCCGUCGAAAGCACCAGAAACUGCCGUUCCACCAGUUGAGUCGGAGGCUAAAGCGUCUUAUUUGGGCUUCGGUAGCAAGGGGCCGCGGCACGAGAGUACAAGCCACUUCUCAUGGUCUGAAUCCAUCUGCGCUCCUAGUGUCACUCCAGGACAGCAUAGGGAUAUAUCGGCCGAUCACGAUAAACGAAUCGAUGCUUGGACUCGGGAGACUGAUCAGGUUUCUUAUGGCAGAGGUACUGUAGGUCAUCAGGGAGCGCCGUCUUCGGUCAUACGUGACCGCGUAACUGCUACUUCGAAUCGGUUUUGGGUGUCAUCUGUGGCUCCAACGCCAUCAGGGCUUUCGAGACCGCAGUCAUUGCCUCAACCCUCAUCUUCUCCUCGACAGCCGAAUCUCGCUGAUCGAGCCGUGGACCGUCACACAAAUGAUGACGUUACUUCGCCGCCUUCGAUGGACCCAGUGUUGCGACGCCGCGUCCACGCUGGUCAUCUGGAGGCCUCCAUGACUAAAGGUUCAGCCAAGAUGUCUUACGUUAGCGGAAUUAACGCAUCGAUGCAGAGACGAGCUUCUACCGACGUUGUAAGGGACCACACUGCCCAUGACCGUCCGCCGCAGCUGCUGGAAUUAGAUGGAACGUUACAACACUACACUGAAAUGUCCGAGGCAGAACCACGACAAGCGCCAACACGCAGAGGUCGGCCUGCUGAAGCUCAGGCUUCUGCCAGACCUCCCGACAGUUUUCGACAGAGUAGACACGACUUAUAUCGUAGGACCGCUGAAGUACCCACAGUGCGCUCCGCUGCCCCGGAUACCCAUUCUUCAAGACUUUUCAGCUUCUCUGGUCCCAGUAUCUAUGUGCAGCAAGAUCAACGGCAGCGCUGGCCCGUACAUCUUGGCCUCGAGGACAACGGCAGCUACCGCUAUCUAGAAGGUUAUGGCCAGGAACACAUGAGUGAGACCGGGGCAUUGGACCACGAGGGCUUCGGGGAGUUGUCAGACGUGCAAUUCUCGUACGGACUGAGGGAGGAUGUCGAUGAGGAUGUUGAAGGAUUGGAUUACGUAGCGGACGGUGUGGAACAAGUGCAAGAGCCUGAGCAUACGAGCGUUGUGACUUCUGGUUUCUGGCGGCCGAAUAGACUCUACUGA